AAAAGAAAAAUAAAAAGUUAGCUUUGAGUGAGUGCCUUAUUCAUUAUCCUCUCUCGAUUACGUAUCUUCAUUUGUUUCACGAUUUUAAAACGUGUGUGUUAGGGAGAAGUUUCAAUGCCUCUUCAACCGACGUGGAAUCUCACAAUCCACCUAUACACCGACAAGAAAUUGUUUAUUUCUUAGAACCAUUAAACAGAGAGAUCCUCUGCUUCAUAGCUCUGUCUGUCUCUCUUCCAUUGAGGAAAAAAGGGAAAAAAAGAAGAGAUUUUGAAGGGAAAUCUGAAAUGGGUAUGAAGAAUUUGGGGAUGUUGUUGUUCCUCUACCUCGUAACCCCAACAACGUUUGUAGCCGCCGACCAAACCCUAAUCCAAAAGACGUGCAGAAGCACUCUUUACUACGCCCUCUGCAUGUCCUCCCUGAAAUCAGACCCCACCAGCCUCACCGCCGACACCAAGGGACUCGCCGCCAUCAUGGCCUCCAUCGGCGCCGCCAACGCCACCGCCACUUCCACCUACCUCUCAUCUCAGCUCCCCACCUCGGCCAACAACAACAAGAACAACAGCAAUAGAACAAAACUCAUCCGACAAUGCUCCGAAAAGUACGCAUUUGCAGCUGAAGCGCUUCGGGCUUCUCUCAAAGACUUGGCCGAAGAGACUUAUGAUUAUGCGUAUAUGCAUGUGGCUGCGGCGGCGGAUUAUGCCAAUGUUUGCCGGAAUGGCUUCAAAGUGUUCCCGACGGUGGCUUAUCCGGCGACGCUUCGUCGGAGGGAAGAAGGGCUGAAGCGUAUUUGCAGAGUGGUUUUGGGAAUUCUGGAUCUUCUUGGCUGGUAAUCAUUGUUGUCUCUCUCUUCAUCUAAAUCAUAAUUUUGUUUUUACUUUUGCUUUUUAUUUUUUGUAAUAAAUUUGAUCUUUUUUUGCAUAUUAUGUUCUUAAAGGAAUUUAAUGACUCCUACUUCUUCUGGAUU